UUCAUAUCUGAUUCAUUAAUUAUUACAGUUUUAUACCUUGUGUUGUAGUGCUGUGAUUUGAAAUAGUACAACCUAGAAAUGGUUUUCAAAAUUAUUGUAUUUUCUAUUUUUAUUUUAUUUUGUACUCAAAUUACUUUGGGAUAUGAGCUAAAUAUUUUACAUUAUAAUGACUUUCAUGCAAGAUUUGUGGAAACCAGCCGAUUAGGAACUCCUUGCAAUCAGACAGCUGAUACUUGCAUCGGUGGCUUUGCUCGCCUCGCCACCUUAGUUCGUCAGCGCUUAGUCAGUGAACCGGACUCCCUUCUUCUCAACGCUGGUGAUAGUUUCCAAGGAACUAUUUGGUACAAUAUCUUACGAUGGAAUGUCACCCAGGACUUCAUGAAUAUGCUUCCUCAUGAUGCUCAUUACUUUAUGUUGGAAAUAAUUUCUUAUAUUACUUUCACUAGAGCCACCUUAGUUCGUCAGCGCUUAGUCAGUGAACCGGACUCCCUUCUUCUCAACGCUGGUGAUAGUUUCCAAGGAACUAUUUGGUAUAAUAUCUUACGAUGGAAUGUCACCCAGGACUUCAUGAAUAUGCUUCCUCAUGAUGCUCAUGUACUAGGAAACCACGAGUUUGACAACGGUAUUGAAGGAGUAGUGCCUUAUUUGAAACAUUUGAACUCAACAGUUGUAACAGCCAACAUUAUUGAUGAUCUCGAACCAACAAUACAAGGACUAUAUGAAAAGAGUAUAAUUAUCGAGAGAAAUAAUAGGAAGAUUGGUAUCAUUGGAGUUUUAAUAGCUACUACUGAUAUUCUAGCAUCUACAGGAAGACUUAAGUUCAAAAAUGAAAUUGAAGCCGUCAGAGAAGAAGCUGAAAAAUUGAAUGCACAAGGUGUAGAUAUAAUAGUCGUUUUAUCACAUUGUGGUCUGGAUAUUGACAGAGAAAUAGCUCUUCAUGCUGGACCGCAAAUAGAUAUAAUAGUUGGAGGACAUAGUCACACGUUGCUGUUUAAUGGAGAAGCACCCGAAAAUAGUGGUUUCAUUCCAUUAGGGCCUUAUCCUGUGGUAGUGGAACAAGGAAAUAGAAAAGUUUUAAUCGUUCAAGCAGCAGCGCAUACUCAAUAUUUGGGAGAAAUUAAAUUAACCUUUGAUGACAAUGGACAUCUAACCCACUGGGCGGGAAACCCACACUAUAUUGGAAAUGAAAUCGAACAAGGUAUGGCGCUGUCUCGAGCUGGCCCCAACCAGUGGAAUUAUGCACACUUCUGCGUGAAUAACCGAGGAGUUAUUAGAGCAGCUAUUGAUAGUGGAGUGAUAACUUACGAAGGGAUGAUUGUGGCCAGUCCGUUCGAGAACAACGUUGAGGUUUUUGAUUUAAAAGGCGAACAUGUUAUGGCAAUGUUGGAAUUUUCUGUGGAAAAUGUGCAAUGGCCUGGUGCACGGCUGUUGCAGGUCUCAGGGUUGCGCGUAACUUUCGAUGGUUCUCGACCAGUAAACUCAAGGGUGGUUGAUGUGCAAGUGAGAUGUAUCGAGUGUGACGUCCCUAAGUACGAACCAUUGAAGCUCGACCAAUACUACAAGGUGGUGUCACAGUCUUUCAUUGCAAAUGGCGGAGAUGGUUAUAGUAUGAUCAGUGACAAUCGCAAAAAUAUUGAGGUUCUUGGAGUUGACUACGAUAUCCUGUCUUCUUAUGUAGGCCAUCAAUCACCAGUCUUUGCUGAGAACGAAGGUCGACUAAUUUUCAACAAUUUCUGCCAACCAGAGUCAUAGGAUAUUUAUGAUUAUGAAGUUUUCCAAAAUACGUUAUACGUUGUUAUAAAAUUUCGUAUUCGCAUUAAUAAAAUUGUUGUUUAUUCUUAAAAAGAAAUAUUGUUUUCAUUGCAUUGUAUACAUUUAUUUGUGUAAAAUUACAUCUCAGUUUUUAAAAUACUCAUGAAUGAAUUUCAAUGUACAAAAUAAGGAUGAUUCAAAUGAUCCACUUUCCUAUCAUCUGAAUUUUAUGUAAGUCAGUUAAUCAAUUGACCGGUUGACCGAUAGUUGCUUUACUGAACUAAUUUGUUA